GUGCUUUGUUAUAGCUUGGUGGAUGGACUUCCGAGCAAGUGUUACCACUGGAUCCUCUAUUGCUUGAUAACAAUAACCAGCCAAGAUGGCAGCCAACCAAGAGCAAGAAGACGAGAUAGUCGUGCUAUUUGAACAAAGGUCGACACAGAAGAUGAGGGCCCCUCUGAUCCGGCUAGUCUCCCCGGAAAUCAGCCUGGUCUCCAGCCGAGCCACCCAGGAAAUUCAGCAGCUGACCGACGCCAAGCCCGUCAAGCAACUCGCCAUCACCGUUGCGAUCAAAAAGUUGGACUUGCAUCUUCAAACCGUCUCCCCCUCCACCGCUUCAAGAUCGCGAACUGGAUCUUGGAGGCCAGAUUCCAACGCGCAACGUUUGAUUCUGAAACUCGAUUCAGUGGAAGGACUCCAGUUCCAAGGUUUGCAAUCUUUGCCGGGCUUUCUCCACAAGUCUAUCCAGCCCAGCCAAUUGAUUGAAGUUGCAGUGACAAAGAUAUCUCGCCCAGCUGGUUCCUCAAGAGUUAGCAGCCAGCAUAAUAGUGAAAGAGAUACGGCAGUCGUUGAAGCGUACGAGUUGAAGAUAAUCUACAGGCUCCAGGAACGCAAGGCUGUCAAGAUCGGGUCGAAUGGUCGAACCAAUCAACGUUGCAAAAUCGAAGACCGCGGAUCAAGGAACGGCUCGCACUCGAAAGCAACCAAGAUAGCAGACCACGAAGAUGUGAUUUUGAUUUCCUCGGAUGAAGACGAAGGCCCACAAUCGGCGGCGAGAAACAAGAAGGCCGGCUGUCUAGGAAAUCGGAAAGACUCAGACGAGGAUAUCAAGAUGAAGGCCGAUGAUGUGAAGCCAGAUUCGGAUGAGAGAUCAAGCCCUACUUCGGCCCAAACCUCAUACGAAUUGAGCUGUUGUUUGAAUUUGAAUGGAUUCGAUCCUUCCGAAGAGACCAAAGGUCUUCAGCAUCUCCUCAAUUAUUCCGACCUCAGCCCAGUGAAGCCCACGCCGACCGACAGUCUAUCUGAUGCGGAUGAUGAGCAGACUGACUUGGACGAAACUAUCAAACGAUUCAAAAACUGCACUCAACUUAUAGCUUUCCUGAAAAAAGACGAAAGAUUAAUUGGUCUGAGGCUCGAUCUUGAGAGACCUCAAACUUCAUCCCCAGCGCCUCGGGUCGAGCAGAACAAUCCUAAUGAUGGCGACGCGACUCCUCUUAUCUCUGGAGAUGAAAUAUUGAACGGUCCGAAGGCCGAUUUGGAGACUCGCCAAACCGAAUCUCCGCCGCUUCCAGUCGAACAUAGCAAUGAUACUCCAACUGCUCUUAUCUCUGGACCGCCAGCUUUCGACCGUGAGAGUCAGAAUGCCGAAAACAUUAGUAAGGACGGCCUUGGCAAGGAAGAUCCAGCCCCAACUCUAGAAGAUAAUGGCGGCGAUAGGAAUGAUAGCGCGAUGGAGUUUGAAAUGAUGAACCUCGAUGAUAGUGUGAACAGGGUUGGCGAGCAAGAAGGGAGCGACGAGAGAACAAGAGAUAAUACGACGCCGACCGACGAGCCUGAUUCCGGGAUAAAUACGAAUACGAGUCAUGCUCCGAGCCAGUCAAUUGUUGCCGAUGAGAAUGGAGAACAAGAUGGGCCGGAUGAUACCGAUGAUCGGAACGAGCAAGUCCAAACGGAUCUCUCACAAUCAGACCGAAUGGACGUUGACGAGUUCAAUCGCGGCGACAACCCCUCUCCUGAUUGUGGUGCUACUGCUAGCCCUAAUGACCCAAAGACAAUUAGCAGUAUCGCCGGGUUGAGAGAUAGCCAGAGCAAUAACCCCGAUGAUAGCGGAAGCGAGAGCGAUGACGCAAGCUUAGAUUUCAUGAACUUUUUGUUUGAAGAAUCGACGACCCCGCCGUUCGAAGAGCUCGAUCGCGAUCCUACCAGCAAUCGGAAUACUUCUUCUGACCACGAUCUCUUCCAGCCAUUCGACCCGGUCACGAUCCCCUCAACCGCGCCGCCCCAGCCGCCGAUAACAGAGGGAAAUAAUCCUUCUCUGGCCAGCAUCACCGAUCCCGCUCCUGAACAAGAGCAAACGGAGCUGGAACGCGCGUUGAACGAGGUCAACGCCAGAUAUGAUUUCUUCAACGACAGCGAUCCGUUCCAUUCCCACUUGAGCACACCUGAGGAUUGCAUCAUGGAUGACCCGAUCGCCGGCAGCCUUGAUCAAAGCGACACUCGUGUUACCCCGCCGGUCAGCGUGCAAGUGGACACCUCGAGUACAACCCCAAGCCCGAGCCCUCGGAUGAAUGGCCGUCGUGGCCCAACUGUUUCCACUCCGGCUCCCGGCGCUGUUCAGCCUGAUCGGAUGGAGGUUGAUAUUCCGGUUCCGGCCGAUAAGCCAGCUGAUAUCCCAGCAAGAGACAAUUUCCCGGCAGAUAGUCGGGAUACAGUGCGUACGCAGACGCAGGUUCCGGCGGUAGCUGGUGCUCAGGCUGAUAUUCCUGUCACAGUCGGUACAACGAAUGAUAUUGCGGUUCCAGGCGGUACACCGGCCGAUAUUCCAGUCACAGUCAACAGACCGGUGGAUCCUCCGGCUCCAAAGAGGAGGCCGACGAGUGGUCCGGCUACUGCUGGGAUGCCGGGCGACAUUCCGGUUUUAGUGGGACCAUCGACUGACAUUCCGCCUCCAACGGACAAGAGUUGGUCUAAGGAAAAAAGUACGAAGGCAACCACGCGCUCACAAGGCACUAGGUCUCGUUUGCCGAAUUUGAAAAAGAAGACGCAUCGACCAGUUGGGAAGAACAAGAGGAGAGUCGGACCGGACGAUGAUUCUGAAUCUUCCAGCGAGUCCUUCAUCAGUACCGACGAUUCCUCUGAAUCCGAUUCGCAACGUUCAUCGACCAUGCUUCCUUCUCAGCCUCAGCUGUCCGGCCUACUAGGAAAAGGCCCUAAGGGAAACGGAGCACCGUUGUCGUACCAUGUGUUGAGUGUCCGGAACGCAGCUCUCGAGGAUUUCAUGAAGCGGUAUACGGCACAGAGCCGGAAGAAAAUCGGACAGUUAGGACGUCAGGCUGAGCGCUUGAAGCGGACAUCGACCAAGAAAUCGGUGGUGUGUCGCAACCUGAAAAAUCGACUCCAAAACAAGGACGACAAGAUCUUGGAAUUCAACCAGGACUAUCCUUCCGAGCUCCAAAGUCUCGAACACAAAUUGAAGGUCAGGAUGGUGCCCAUCAUGUACAAUCAACUUCGUUCUGCUCGGGCUGAACUCGCUCAACAAAGCACUCAAAUCGAAAUCUAUCGUAAGGAGAGAGAGCUUCAAUCGUUGAUCAGAGAAGACUUGCAAGCCGAAUGCAAAGAACUCGAAGCUAAAAUCCGUCGAUUGGAAUCAAAUCAAAACAGUCUUAUGGAACUUUUUUGAUCCUGUAUUUUUACGAAAUGAAACUUUU